CUCCCCCACAAUCUCCACAACACCUCACUCUCACUCCUCCUCGACUCCCUAAUUCGCAAGCCUCUCCGCUCGCUCGCUCUCCGCGCUCAAUCGCCGCCGCCAGCAGCAGCAGCAAAUGGGCCUCUCGGUGAUCGCACCGCCGGCGGGUGACUCGGCGUCUCCGGCGCACCGCCGCGCGCGCCGCGCAUUCCUGGUGUCCAACUACAUGAUCCUGGGCGCGGCGUCCGGCUGCGGCUUCCUCACGCUCUCCCUCCGCCUGGUGCCCUCCGUGGACGGCUUCCUCCUCAUCCUCCUCCACGCGAUCACCGUGGCGGCCGCCGUGGCCGGGUGCGCCGUCAUCGCGGCGCCCGACCCGCCGCGGGGCCGCGUCUACACCGCGCACAUGUCCGGCACCGUCGUCGUCUCCAUCCUCCAGGGCGCCGCCGCCGUGCUCGCCUUCUCCCGCACCUCCGAGUUCCUCGCCGACGGGCUCAAGUCCUACGUCCGCGAGGAGGACGGCGCGGUCAUCCUGCGGAUGGUGGGCGGCCUCGGCAUCGCCAUCUUCUGCCUCGAGUGGGUCGCGCUCGCGCUCGCCUUCGUGCUCAGGUACUACGCCUACGUCGAUAGGGAGUGCGCCGGCAACCCCAUGCGCCGCAGCGCCAAGGUCGGCGGCGAGGACGGCACCGGCAACUGGCCGUGGCUUUUCCAGGCCUGAUCCGCGUUAGACCGUUUCUGGAAUGAAGAUUACUGAGAACCUAUAGUUCUUGGGAGAGAAAUUAGUAGUAUCUGAUUCUGCUUUUACCUAUGUUGUGGGGACGGGAUUAUUCGUUCAUUGGUUUGUGUUGUGUUGUAAUGCAACUGUUGUGCUCUAUAUAUCAAAUGAAAUUCCAGUUCAUUCGCCUCCA